UACACUUCUUUAGUACCGCCGUUUCUAUAUCCGCCUAUACUCACAUUUUAUGUUCAAUAAUUAUACAAUUGCUCUUAGUUUCAUAACAAUAAUAUUAUCAGAUCAUCAUGCCUAAUGUCAAGUUCUACUACUUCCCCGUUAAGGGUCUCGGUGAGAGUAUUCGUCUUCUCCUCUCUUAUGGUGGUCAGGAAUUUGAAGACAACAGAGUUGCCGUGGAGGACUGGCCUGCGUUUAAGCCAUCGACCCCUUUAGGUCAGAUGCCGGUACUAGAAAUCGACGGUAAGGCUUACGCACAGAGCUUUGCCAUUUCCCGGUACCUGGGUCGCAAGUACGGCCUCUCCGGAGCCAAUGCUGAAGAAGAUCUGGAGAUCGACCAGAAUGUCGACUUCGUUAAUGAUAUCCGUGCGAAGGCCGCUACCGUCCAAUAUGAAGCCAACGCGGAAUUGAAGGCGAAAAAGCACGAGGAAUUCAGUAAGAACGUCUACCCGGCGUUGCUUGAGAAACUCGACGAGAUCAUCAAGAAGAACAACGGACACAUUGCUGCUGGCAAGCUCACCUGGGCAGACUUCGUGUUCGCUGGAAUGUUCGACUACUUAAAGGUCAUGCUCCAAACUCCAGACCUCGAAAAGAAAUACCCGAGCUUCCAACAAGUGAUUGACGCGGUGUACUCUCAACCCAAACUCCAGGCCUACAUCAAAAAAUCACAUCAAUUAUAAAAUAGACAAUAUUGUCUUAUUAAAUUAUAAUUUGUGUAUGUACCUGAUUUCUCAAGUUUAUUGUAAUACAAAAGAGAUUUUAAUUGGAACGGGCAAAAAUAAUCUGAGUUAUUACGACCAAUAAUUCAAUAUUAAAAAUAAACAGUAUCUGGCGUAUGUGUUUUUUGUUGGAUAUUUUUUCCAAAAUCAAUUAACAUACAUAAUUUAAAAAUGUUACAACAUUUAAUAGUUGAUAUUAAUACAUCAUAGGAAAAUGUGCUUUAAUAAUUU